AUGCGGAUCCUUGCCUUUGCACUACUGUCCUUGGCAACUGUACUCGCCCAACCUGUCAAGCGGGAUCCUCUUCGUCACUACUACGCCCUUCAUUUCCCUCAGGAGCAUCCCCACACAACAACUCAUGCCCAAUCAAUUGCCAACUCUCUCGGUGUACGGUACGAAGGGCCAGUUGGAGAAUUACAGACAUAUUUCUUGGUCAGUGCACCAAUCACAUCAAAUCUAUCCAAACGAGACACCAAUGACCCUACUGUCGAAGCAUUCUGGGCCCACAAACAAAAGCGGUCCUUGAUGGCUCGUGAUGAGAUUCGUUCAAGUGCAUGGGAUGCAGUUAAAAGUAUCGACAAACAAGUUCUCAAACGACUUCACAAGCGUGGCCCGAUUCCCGGCUGGGACAAGAGAGCUCCCGUAAAACUUAAGGGACCAGAAAUACUUGCAGAUGCCCAAAAGUCAUUGCACAUUACUGAUCCCGGAUUCCCUCAACAAUGGCAUCUGGUCAACCAGCAAUAUCCCGGAAAAGACAUUAAUGUUGUUGAUGUGUGGAAACAGGGAGUUACAGGAAAUGGGUCUACAGUUGUCAUUCUUGAUGAUGGUUUGGACUAUGAGAGUCAGGACCUUGCUGCGAACUUUUUUGCCGAGGGCUCAUAUGAUUUUAACGACCACACACCAUUUCCAAAGCCACGUUUGUGGGACGAUAGCCACGGUACACGUUGUGCAGGACAGAUUGCUGCUGUAAAGAAUGAUGUUUGUGGUAUUGGAAUUGCCUACAAUUCCCGGGUAGCAGGUGUGCGUAUUCUAUCGGGUGAUAUCACAGACGCAGAUGAAGCAGCAGCACUGAACUACAAAUACCAAGACAAUGACAUCUAUUCAUGCUCAUGGGGACCUUCUGACGAUGGUGAGAAAAUGGAAGCUCCUGUGGGUAUGCUGGCCGAUGCAUUUCAGAAUGGAGUCAAGAAUGGAAGAGGUGGAAAGGGAUCUGUGUUUGUGUUUGCAACCGGAAAUGGUGCUGCUUCGGGAGAUAACUGCAACUUUGAUGGAUACACCAACAGUAUUUACACCAUCACAGUUGGUGCAAUUGACCAUACAGACAAUCAUCCACCUUAUUCAGAGAGCUGCUCGGCACAGCUAGUGGUUACUUACUCAAGUGGAGGAGGAGAAUACAUUUAUACAACCAAUGUGGGUACAUCAGUGUGCACCAACAGCCACAGUGGUACCUCUGCAGCAGCACCCAAUGCAGCAGGAAUCUUUGCACUUGUUCUUGGUGUCAGACCUGAUCUUACUUGGCGUGACAUGCAGCAUCUCUGUGUCCAAACAGCCGAGCCAAUUCAACUUGAAGACAAGGAUUGGAAGCGUCUACCCUCAGGACGAAUCUACAACCACAAAUUUGGCUACGGCCGUCUCAAUACCCUUGCUUUAAUCGAAGCCGCCAGAGCUUUCGAAUCAGUGAAUAUCCAGACCCACCUUGAACUUUCUGUUAUACUUAACAAGGCCGCCAUUCCUGAUUCUUCGGGUGCCAAACACCGUGUUGCUCUCAAGAGUGCGAUCACAGUCACAGAGGAAAUGAUCAAGGCAGCUGGACUACUCCGUCUAGAGCACGUAACUGCUACAGUUGAUAUUGAACAUCAGCAGCGAGGAAAUAUUGUCAUUAACCUACAAAGUCCUCACAUGGUUGAAUCUGAACUUGCAACUGAAAGACCUCGCGAUCUCAGUCCAGAUGGCAUUCGUGACUGGAAGUUCAUGUCUGUUAAGCAUUGGGAUGAGAAUCCUGUUGGUGACUGGACACUACUGGUGUAUGAUGUAUCCCAUCCCGAAAUGACUGGAAACCUCUUGAAAUGGACUCUUACUCUCUUUGGUGAG